GGGACAUUGAAAAUCCUGCCAUGUCCUACUAUUAGAGACUAUGGUACAGAAUGGGGCUUGUGAAUUCCCUGGCCUGGAUAUUCGUUCCCUCUAAUAUUGUCAGCAUGUUUUUUUACUGCAAACUCAUUUCUGAUUGACCAAGAUUCCCACUCAUGUUCGACCCAGACUUCUCCGCAAUAACCUUGCUCAACUCCCUCUCUCUCCUCUCCAAAUCUUGCAGCCUCUGCUCUUUCUGGACUCUUAACGCCUUGAUAUCAACUUCCGUCCGCUCCAGCUCGGGGUCAUCAUCAUUUCCAGUCUCUGUCGCUACAGCCUUCCGCCUUACAAGCGCCUCCGAAUUCAGCGCCACUGGCGCUAUCGGACCAGCAGGAGGGCGAGGGCCACAAAAACCAAAACCACCAGGAACGGCAGCAUAUAGUUCAUGGCUCUACUCAUGCCUACCACCGUAAUCAUGCGAUUCUAUUUCUUGGUUCUGAUGAUAAGAGGACGGGAGCUCGUGCCUAUUUACCGAGGUAGAGAAUUCUAAUA